AUGAAAACAGUGAAAUUUCCUGGACUGACCAAGCAGAAGGCAUUUGUUCGCCCUUUAGCUGUGUCCGAUCUGGAAAGCUGUCUGGAAGUUGAAAGUGCUUUCCCAGAACAAGAGAGAUGCUCUAAAUACAAGGUAUCAUAUGAGCAGUACCAGAAGAUUUUCGUUCCGAGGUUUGCUGAUAAACACCAGUUCAUCUAUCGCUUGACAGUGUGCCCGGAAAUUUGCCUCGGGUUAUUUGAAGAAAGAUCACAGGGGGAUCAGCUCAUUGGCCACGUUAUCGCAACCCGAGUAUCGGCAAACCGAGUCACGGAUGGAUCAAUGGAAAUGCCCGAGCGAUGGACUGGAAGCAGAGAUACUGUGACGGUGAAUGAUCAGAUUAUUGGAAACGAUGCCAAGGGCCGGUUCCUCGGCGUACACUCCCUUGCUAUUCGGUCGGAAUACCAAGGUAUGGGCUUGGGGAGGGCCUUGAUGAAUGAGUACAUCCUGUAUGCUGGACAGUCUAUCGAGUCAGCACAGAGUAUUGUGAUCAUUGCCCAUGAUCAUUUGAUCAAGUUCUAUGAAAGCUUUGGUUUCAAGAACUUAGGGCCGAGUCCCUGUGCUUUUGGUGGCGGUGGCUGGUAUGAUAUGGAAUUGGGUAUCUAA